CGUCGGUCUCAGUCAUGCACGGUGGACCACUCGGGGAUUUUGUACUUUUCUAGAACCCCAACUCUUUCUCGAUUCCCCUGCCAAGACUAUUAUUGCCCCUCCAAAACACCCCGCGAACAACGCCCCGCGGUUCGGAGUCAAUCUGAUCGUUUUUGCCUCAUCCAGUUUAUGCCGAUCUUUCUUGAACCAUAUCUCAAGACCUAACCUAUUAGUAUAGCAGAAAUCAAAGAACAACCCUCCAAUCACAGGCACAUUCACUCGACACCGUAGAGUUGGGGACCUAAGAAAGAAAGAAUAAGAAGGGGAGAGAAACCAAAAAAAAGCCGCCCAGCAUGACCCAAUCCGAUCCGCCAACCGCUCGAAGACCGAUCCCCAUCACCAUCGUGACCGGCUUCCUCGGCGCGGGCAAGACGACGCUGAUCCUCAAUCUCAUCCCGCAGCUGCGCGCCCUCAAUCCAAACUACAAACUUGCCCUGCUCAAGAACGAGUUCGGCGACGUGGCGAUCGACUCGCAGCUGGCCUCGUCCUCGGCCAUCGCCGGCGUGACCGAGCUGCUCAACGGCUGCAUCUGCUGCAACCUGGUCGGGCAGCUGGGCCCGGCGCUGGCCGAGCUGCGCACGGGCGCCGCCUCCCCGGACCGCGUCGUCAUCGAGACCAGCGGCAGCGCCUUCCCCGCCACCCUCGCGCUCGAGGUCAACCGGCUGGCGCGGGAGACGGGCGGCGAGUACGUCCUGGACGGCGUGGUCAGCGUCAUCGACGUCGAGAACUGGAAGGGCUACGAGGACACGAGCUACACGGCGCGGCUGCAGGCGCGGUACACGGACCUGGUCGUGUUCAACAAGUGGGAGGGCUGCGGCGAGAGGCGGUUCGACGAGGUCCUCGACCGCCUCGGCGAUCUCGAGGUGGACGUCGCCUGGGUCAAGAGCGACAAGGGCUGGGUCGACGCCGGGGUCGUGUUCGGGAUAGACGGCGGACUCGCCAGGGGGUUGGCAGACGACGAGGUCAAAGACAGGAACCAUACGGCGGAUGCGGAUGGGACUGGGCAUGAUAAGCAUGAUGACCACGAGAAGGAGCAUCACCAGUCCGAGGUGGAGGUGCUGUCAAUCGAGCUGAAGGGAGGCGGUGAGGAGCAAGGGGCGGCCGUGGACGCGGAGAAGCUGAUGAACUUCCUGAAAAGCUCGCCUAAGGACGAGGUGUACCGCAUCAAGGCCGUGUUGUCGACUUCGGGUACGGUCAAGAACUCGGAGGAGAGCGUGUCGGUGCCGGCAUCGACACCUUCUACCACCAACAGGUACAUACUGAACUGGGCCUUUGGCAGGUGGACUUUCACCCCGGUGGCGGAUGGCGUAGCCGAGCAUGCGUCAAGCAGCAACGCCGUCUUGAGGAUGACCAUGAUCUUGGCGAGGUACUCGAGCACCAAGUGGAAGAAGAAGCUCGAGGCGGGCGGGCUGUUAGAACUAGACGGCACAGACAAGGGUGCAUUGACGGUCACGAAGGUCAACUAAGACUAUACGGCGGUCAUAGACGUCGACGAUUAGAGUUUACGAGAAGGUUAUGAAGAAGAAUCUAUCCCAAGCCAGCAAGGUCGCACAGGUUACUGUGUAUAUAUAUACCAGACGAUACACUGCAUUCAUCACUUAUGAUUGGAACCCAAUCUAGGUCUCCACUUAAUUAUAUAAAAUGGCACAUAUUUGUAGACCCAUUCGGCUCUUCAUCUCCCUGCU